AUUGGUCAUGCCAAUGAUUUGGGUUAUAGCGAGGGGUAAUAUCCUUCUGGGAUGUACAAGUAAAAAGGCUGGAAUAGUGAUGCCAUCCAUUGCGCGGUCCUCAUCGUCCUCGCUCAUCAAAAUCUCUACUAAAUCGACAUGGCAACAAUAACACUCGUAGGCGCUGAACAGCGCAAAAUAACAGUUCCCACGGGCCUUUUCAUCAACAAUGAAUUUGUCCCUGCAAUAAGUGGGGCUACUGUCGAUGUUGAGAACCCAAGCUCUGGCAAGAACUUGGCCACCGUCUCCGCUGCACAAGCUGAAGACGUUGAUCGCGCGGUUGAAUCAGCCACGAAAGCAUAUGUCACAUGGAAGAAGUCCGACGCUUCUGUCCGGAGGGAUUUGCUCAACAAGCUUGCCGACCUCAUUGAACGUGAUGGCCUCGAAAUCGCUUCUCUAGAGGCCCUCGAGAGCGGCGUCCUCUAUGGGGUGUCCAAGACUCUACAUAUUCAGCAGUCCGUAGACAACCUGCGAUACUUCGCAGGCUGGGCCGACAAGCUGGACGGUUCAUCACUCAGUAUUCCGCAGGGAUUCGCAUAUACUCGCCGAGAACCUAUUGGUGUGUGCGCAGCAAUUAUACCUUGGAAUGCGCUGAUGAUCGCUUUCUGGAAGAUCGCCCCAGCUUUAGCCGUGGGCAAUGUACUCAUCCUCAAGACACCCGAGAUCGCACCGCUCUGGGGCCUCAAGGUCGCACAGCUCGUGGUGGAAGCUGGAUUCCCUCCUGGAGUUCUCAAUAUCAUCACUGGACUAGGUACAACUGCCGGCCAAGCGUUGUCAAGUCAUGACAAGAUCAAAAAGAUUUCGUUCACCGGCAGUCCAGGUGUCGGGCGCCAAAUUCUAGCAACAGCAGCAAAGACGAAUUUAAAGAAAGUCUCGCUCGAACUGGGUGGCAAAGGGCCUAGCAUUGUUUUUGAGGAUGCGGACCUCGAAAACGCACUUUUCUGGACGACUUUGGGCAUUACUGUCAGCAAUGGCCAAGUCUGCGUUGCCGGUAGCCGUAUUUAUGUCCAGAGUUCCAUCUAUGACAAGUUCAUUGAGCAGUUUAGCAAGAGGAGCAGAGAUGCCGUCCACGGCGACCCCUUCCUACCAGAGACUACCAAGGGCGCGCUUGCGAAUAAAGCACAACUGGACAAGAUCUUAUCAUAUGUGCAGAAGGGGCGGGACUCCGGUGCAAGAUUGCUUCAUGGUGGCGAGAAGUUGCCGGGUAAUGGUUACUUCAUUGCCAACACUGCCUUUGCGGACGUUGACCAGAAGGCCCAGAUCAUGCAAGAAGAGAUUUUUGGUCCUCUCGCAAGUAUCGCGCGGUUCGACACUAUUGAGGAAGUUAUUGAGAAGGCGAAUGACUCUACUUACGGUCUUAGCGCAGCCGUGUUCACGAAUGAUGUCAACAAGGCAUUCAGGGUCAGUGAGGCAGUGGAGUCAGGUAUGGUCACCGUGAAUACUUGGGGUCUCGUCAACGCCAAUACGCCAUUUGGUGGUGUUAAGGAGAGCGGCUACGGGAGGGACUCGGGCAAGGAGGCGUUGGAUGAUUGGACUGUCACAAAGACGGUCAAAUGGAACAUUUUGCCUGUAAAGCUUUAGUUGUUUAGAUAAUGGGAGGUACGAGGACGUUAUUCUGCUAGGAUUAGCGAUGAUUGACGGAUCCAGCGACUCUGGCACCAGCAGCUUACAUGGUUUCGUUGUUCAUCUUAUUUCAAACUGCCAUACCAGAAGGAUAGUAGCUGAAGAAUUUAUUUGUAUUUGAAUGGUUCAUAGUCUUUUGAGGAACAUAAAUGAC